AAUUCCAGUGGCUUCUUCCAGGUCGACUGCCAGCCUCCCGAAACGCUGACUAAGACGAUGCUUAUCCUGAAUGUCACAGAAACCAUGUCACAGGUACUCUGUGAGUCGAAGAGCCCUCCUCUAGGUGACAAACUGGCCACACUUCUGUGCCGAGCAGCAAAAUCUACCUUCGACCCAAAUCAAGAUCAGUGCCAUAUACAGCUGGUGCCUGGCGUUCCGGGAAUCCAUGCAUUGGCAAUCCAAGAAAUCAGUAUCCAGACAAACCUCCUCCCCAGUGAUGUAUAUAAAUUGCUGAAAGACAAGUGGGAUGAAGCGACGGCGGUGGGAGUCAGUGGCAUGCAGUUUGGAGACCAAGGGCCACCGGAAGAGACUGAGGACCGGUUNUAUCAAUCAUUCCAUAGCAAUCAAAGCUAUUCUUAA